UUUAUGCCAUUCAAUUAUUCGUAUAAGCUUUUUGCAAUGUCAUUUACUUAUAACAACGUGUUUUAUCAUUUAAUAAUGAUAUAUAAGUAUUGUUUUAGUCAUUAGACACGUAUAUAGGUCAAAUCGUAAAAUUCAAACAUUUGUUUUUGCUUGAUUACAGUAAAUUGCAAUUAAUUGGAUUUAUAGUCAACCUUCUAAACCCCUCCCACGUGCGUCAGAUUAUGUUCUGAGUCAAGAAAGUCCAUUACUUGUCUGUCAUACUAUUGCUUUGUUGAAUUAAAGCAAUUGUCUACAUAGUUUUAUACCCACAAUACACAUUUUUCUUUGAAAAUUUCUUCCUAUAGUACUUUGUACUAUAUACAUUUGAGACAGGUGAGAGUUACAAGUUGGAACAUAUGAUUUCUAACGAUUCUGAGUUUGACGAUGCACUGUGUGUAUCUGAUUCUUUGGAAAUCACACUCAAUGACAAUGAUACCAAUAUUAUUCAAAGUAAUGAAGAUACUGAUAAUAAUGAAUGUCUUGGUGUGAUACCUUUGUCUACUAUAUAUCAAUUAUCUAAAAAAAGCCCGAACUGUAAUAUAUUUAUUCCUGGUGAAGACGUGCAUGUGGAGAUUAUCGAUAAUGAACGCAGUGUAACAACGCAUCCUUUGAACCCAAAUUUGUAUACCAUACAGUUUAGGCAUGGUCGUUUCGUUUGGAUAAUUAAAAAGAGGUACAAACAUAUUCAAAAUUUACAUAAUCAAUUGAAAAUUUACCGUGCUAGUUUAAAUAUACCAUUUCCAACUAAAACUCACAAAGAAAGAAGGAAUAGUUUAAAAAGUUUAGUAGAUCUAAAGGAAAGGAAAGGUCGUAAAGGUGCAUUACCAAGGUUUCCGAAUAGACCCGAAGUUCUAGUACCUUAUGAGCAAUUAGAACAUAGGAAAAGAUUAUUAGAAGAGUAUUUGGCUAAUUUAUUGAAAAUAAAGAUUUAUAUGCACCAUCCUGAGACUAUAAAUUUCUUAGAAAUUUCACAGUUAUCAUUUAUAGCAGAUUUAGGUAUGAAAGGCAAAGAAGGACUUAUUUUAAAACGUACAGGAUCAGGUGCAAAGACUGGAUGUAAUUUUUGUGGCUUAUUAGAAGGCAUGUGUUGUAUUAAAUGUAAUAACUUCUGUAAAUAUUUAUGCGGAAAAUGGCAUUCAAGGCAUCUCGUCGUUAAGGAUACUUUCGUUGCCUAUAUUAGGCCCAAGGAUGGUAGCAUAAAAUCAGUAAUUUUAAUGGACAAUGGUUUUGGAAUCAGUUUUGGGAUGUAUACAACUGGUUCAAGAAGUGGUAUGCAAAUUGUAAAUCUUAGUAGACAUAUAAUAAUUGACUGUUGGACCAGACGAAAGGCUAAAGAAUGGAUGGAAUUUAUCCAAGACGUUAGUAAUAAAGAAGGUCGUUGUUUUAUACAGUCAAAUCCGCACAAUUCAUUUGCACCAUAUCGCUCUUCUACACCCGCCACUUGGUUUGUCGACGGAUCAAGUUAUAUGUCUUCUAUAGCAGACGCAUUAGAGAAUGCUAAAGAAGAAAUUUUUAUUGCAGACUGGUGGUUAUCACCUGAAAUUUUUUUGAAAAGGCCAGCAAUUAACAGCGAUUAUUGGAGGCUAGACAAAAUUUUACAAAGAAAAGCUCUCAAGGGGGUAAAAGUAUUCGUAAUGAUUUAUAAAGAAGUCGAAGUUGCUUUAGGAAUAAACAGUUUUUAUAGUAAACAACAACUUGUUGGAAAAUGUCCGGAAAAUAUAAAAGUAUUACGACAUCCAGAUCAUGCAAGAGUAGGGGUGUUCCUUUGGGCGCAUCACGAAAAAAUUGUAGUUAUUGACCAAAGUAUUGCAUUUCUUGGUGGCAUUGAUUUAUGCUACGGCCGAUGGGAUAAUAAUAAACACAGACUAGUGGAUUUAGGUUCAACCCAUCAUUCUAGUAUUUAUAUUCCAUCUGGAGGAAAAUGUAUCAAUACUAGUAGUAAGAAAGUAUCAAACUCUAAACAAUUUAAACAUGUCUUGCUACCACUAGCUAUUGCAACUAAUACGGUUGUAAUGGCUACUACGAAAACAAUACCCGUAAUGUCAGUAACCAGCUCCAGAGCAGUAAUGCCAUUGGCAAUGCCACAAUUUACUCCAGAAGAUAUAAUGUUCAUGCCACAACCGUCGGAGGUGGAUACUGUGAAAUGUGAUACCCCAACAACAGAACGAAAAAAUCUUUUUGGCAUGGCUAUAAAUACCAUGGAUAAAGUAAAACAGAACAUAAAAUUAAAAAGACAGGAGUUAAUUAAUAUGGUGUACAAUCCGAAUGAAGGAAGUAGCGAUGAAGAAGAUGUUGUAGAUAGUGGCACAUUGCACACUCUAAUUGAAACUAGCGGUUCAGUGAUAGAUAAAUCAGAAGAUGUAUCUUCAGAAUAUUCGGGCACAGCUAAACUCUGGUUAGGAAAAGACUAUACAAAUUUUAUCGUUAAAGAUUUUAAUGAUCUUGAAAAACCUUAUCAAGAUUUAGUAGAUAGAAGCACGACACCCAGAAUGCCAUGGCAUGACAUAGGAGUUAUGGUACAAGGUGCAUCGGCUAGAGAUGUUGCUAGGCAUUUUAUUCAACGUUGGAAUGCAAUUAAGAUGGAAAAAGCAAAAUUAAAUGCAUCUUAUCCAUUUUUACUUCCUAAAUCGUACAGUGAUUGUAAAACUUACGUACCGUUCAUUGAAGAAGCUAAUGUGCAUAAUGUGCAAUGUCAAGUGUUGAGAUCAGUCAGCUCUUGGUCAGUUGGUUUCCUUGAUUCUGAAACCUUAGAACAAAGUAUACAAGAGGCUUACAUAGAUGCGAUUAGUAAAGCUGAAAGAUAUAUAUACAUAGAAAACCAGUUUUUUAUUACACUGGCAUCUAUGGAACGAACGGCUGUAAAAAAUCGUAUAGGAGAAACAUUGUUGAAACGAAUUUUGAGAGCUCAUCGAGAAGGCGCAAUAUUUAGAGUAUUUGUAAUCAUGCCACUACUACCAGGUUUUGAAGGUGAAGUUGGAGGACCUAGUGGUACAGCUUUACGUGCUAUUACUCAUUGGAACUAUGCUUCUAUAUCCAGAGGGAAAGAUGCCAUCUUAAAUCGACUAAUUGAUGCAGGAAUAGAAGAUCCUAGUGAAUAUAUUACUUUCCAUGGGUUAAGGACGCACGCAAUGUUGAAUGGUACAUUAGUGACGGAACUAAUUUAUGUUCAUAGCAAACUGUUAAUUGUGGAUGACAAUACAGUGAUUUGUGGUUCAGCCAACAUUAACGAUAGAAGCAUGAUAGCAACACGAGAUAGCGAAAUUGCAGUAAUAAUACGAGAUCAAGAAUUCGAGGAUGGAAGAAUGAACGAUAUACCAUUUCUUUGUGGUAAAUUUGCAGGAUCAUUACGGAAACAAUUAAUGUCUGAACAUCUAGGAUUAUUUGAGACAAAUGAAGAAAUAGAUUUAACUGACAUAAUUCAAAAGUCAUUUUAUAGAGAUGUAUGGUGUGCUAGAAGUAACCGAAAUACGGAAAUCUAUGAGGAAGUAUUUCAUUGCAUUCCUACAGAUAAAGUUGUUAAUUUUUCUAUGUUGAAACAAUAUCAGAAUGAGGAACCACUUUGCUCAUCUAAUCCACUUCUGGCGCAAGAAAUGAUUGAAAAAAUAAAAGGUCAUUUAGUGAAUAUGCCACUAAACUUUUUAUGUAACGAGGAUUUAAAACCUGCUGCUGGUACUGUAGAAGGCAUUAUGCCAACAGCACUCUGGACAUAAAUAAAUUUUGAUCAGUAUUUCGAUAUUUUGUUGGAUUUGUAUAAACAAGAUAAUGACAAAUGGCGUUUCCAUUAAUCACUAGAAAUUACAGAAAGAUUACAUUAUUUUAACUAACAAUUUUAUCGCGUAUUUAAAAAAGAUAUAAGUGUAAUCUUUUUAUAAACUAAAAUAACAAACGUUUUUUACGUAACUAGGAAAUAUUUUAUAACUUAAUAAUAGAAAACUUCCAACAUUCCUAGAUAUUUGUUACUUGUUCACAAUAACAAUAAUAUGAAUAUAAUAACUGUUACUAAUUUAAAAAGAAUUCUAUUUUAUCAAGAAUUUAAAACAUAUUAGUACUUAAGUCACGAUUUUAUCUAGUUGACUUUUGUGUUGCAAAUUCUAUUUUGUGAUAUUAUUUAUUUGUAAUUAAUGAUAUACAUAAUAAAAACUGUG